CAAUGUAGAUGUAGAUUUGAGAACACAAAGUUUAAGCUGUGGUCUUGAUGUUGCUUAGAUCAACUCAACAGCAUUAUUAUGUCCAUAACGGACAAUAUUUUGACCACUGUCCACAGGUUUGUUUUUCAGUAGCAAAAACUACUGAAUGAAUUUAAAUGAAACUUGGUGGAAGACUGAGACAUGGCCCAAGAAAGAACCCAUUAAGUGUUGGUGUAGAUCAGAGGGAGACAGUUUUAACUAACUCAAAUUACCAGGACGUGUUCAUUAGGCUUCAGAAACACAAUGUGGAGCCAGAACAAAGCUGCAGCUCAUCAGGUUCUCACAUGCGUCAAGCGCAGCAGCUGUACUGAGAUAACUGUUCCUUUACUUGGAGGCUGACAGCCUGAAUGAGUCGCAUUGUUUUGCUAAGCGAUAAAGAAAGAAAGAAAGAAGGAAAUACAUAGAUCAUGGCAGGAAAACAGCAACAGGGUCUGGACAGUCUCUCCUCAGUGCUCCCCCUCCUCCCCCUCCUCCUCCUCUUUAUAUAACACCACGCUGACAAGAGGACAUUUCCUUGUUCGGAUUCUCUCACAGAAGAAGCAUUUUCCUUUACUCAAGCGUCUGUUUUGCAGUGUUCUAUGAUGGGUUUAAAGAUCAUUGUAUUUCUGGCUUUGUUAAUGGGGGUAACUGGGAGCCUUAAUGUGACGAUCAGACCUGAAGCUUCCUUAGCGGACGACAUGUUGGCUCAUUCCAACAGUGUCCCAGAGACUGCAGAGGAAACAGAGAUUGUUGGACAGCAAAACGUGUUGGAGCCGGAGGAGGCCGUGGAGGAGGUGAUGGCGACUGGCAAGCUGAACCCAAACCAUUACCCUGCUCAGCGGGCAGCCAAGGUGGUCCAACACUACCUCAACACCCACUAUGGCUCACCGUACAGGGUGAUUGGUCUGAACAGGGUCCACAGUGGAAACGCAGAGGAUGUGGCAGACUCUGGAAGAAGGUAUAAGCUGGAGAUCUCAGUGCAGGACUUCAUCAGCAAUAAAACAGAGAAAUGCACUGCAGAGGUUUUGUUUCCGAGAGGAGAGCAGCAGCGCCCCCCACAGGUCCAGGCCUUGUGUGAGGAGCUCCCUAAACUCAACACUAAAGUGGAAGAGGAGGCCUUGUUCCAAAAAUACAAGACAAACAAAAGUCUGCUGUCGGCACAUCUACCUGACAGUUACGGUCACAUUGACCCGGACAUGAAGCCUUUCUGGCACCUUGGCACCGUGGCCUCCAGCUUCAUCAUGCUGAAUGAAUCCACUGAAGACACACUGUACAACAUGGCUCAGGUGGCCAACGUCACACAGCUGGAAACUGAGAACGACCAACUGAAGUUUGACUAUCAUGUACUGCUGCAUGAGAUGAUCUCCCAGGAAAUCAUCCACUGGAAGCUGCUGUUCACCUGGUCUCCUCCAGAGGGAGUUAAAGUGCUGCAGAUGGAGCAGCUUCCUCACAGUCAUCACCAUGAAAUCCCCUUAAACACAAACUAACCUGUCGACAGUCGUCACACUACCACCAAUGAAGUGGUUGAUUUCAGGGGUCACAAACAAUGACAUGAUAUCCUUCCAUUGUUCUGUUCUUUUGGCUGUUUCUGUUUUGUCUAAAAUAAACUGUUUAUACACA